AUGUCGGCCUUUACUCUUCUCGCUCGUCCAUUCAGAUGGUUCCGCAAGGCGCCAAAGACAGAGUACGAGGAAGUCCUGGCCGAUCUCACAGCAGAGAUCGACCAUGUGCAGUCCAACCUGGUGCAGGUCCAGGCUCGGAAACGCAGGGCGACGCUCAUUCUGCCCUUUUGGGCAUCGAUCCUAUGGCUGGUAUGGACGGUGGUGAUGUACUUCCUGGGAGAGCUGCAAAUGAGCACAUUCAGCAGUUCCAAUGCUUGGAUCAUCUGGGGGCCGGUCUUGCUGGUGCCGUUCCUCAUCUUCUUCACGCGUAGGAUUGUAAGGUGGUGGUACAAGCGAGUACAGGCGGCAGAGGAGGAGCAUCUCAAGGAUCUUCAGCGUCAACGUCGAGCCAAGAUUGAAGAGAUCAAGAGAGCUACCAAGUACGACCACUUGAGACUUCUGCUGGAAAAGUAUGACGAUGAAAAGAAACCGGUCACAUCGCAACAAGGUCGCGUUGCAGCUGGACCUCAGACGCCCAUGAAGGGAGGCAAGCCACAACAGCAGGGUCAAGCUCCCGGCUCAGCAGUAGCUAGGCCACCAGUACCUGGUCAACAACCACUGCCUUCGGCCAUGCGGGGAAGUCAAGGGACAGGUGCUCCUACCCCAGCUGGCUUUGGGCAGCCACAGGCACAAUCGCGGGCGCCCGCAGCCCCAGCGCAAAGAACAUGGCUGGAUCGAAUGGCCGAUAGCGUCCUAGGGGCAGACCCUUCGAGUACAGCCUUGGGACCAGAGCAGAAGUACGCGCUCAUCUGCGUGAGCUGCAAGAGACACAAUGGCCUGGCGCGGAAAGAGGAAUUCGAGGAAGUCCAAUACAUCUGCCCUCACUGUGGGGUCUUCAACACCCGCAGACCAUCGUCCAUGCCAGUCUCUUCGCCCUGGAGAGCUUCUCAGGCCCAGGAGACCAGCUCUGGCGAGAAGUCUCGUUCAGAUGUCACUGCCGGCAAGAGUGGUACAGAAGCCGCUCGAGGCUUCUCCUCCUCUUUGCUUCGCAAUGAUGCGGCUCGCGAUGGGACGGACUCUCCCCCUCCUGCUACGCCUCUAGCACGGCACUCGGACGACGAAGAAGACGAGGUGGAGGAGCACGAGAUUCGCGAUGCAAGCGUGGGCGCAAAGGGUGGGGUGACGAAGAGGAGAUCUGGUCGACUGGCUGGUAUGGAGCUGGACUGA